UAGUGAGAGAGUGAACGAGGCAGGCAAGCAGGCAUUUACGGCGUUUGUUUUGAUUGUAAAAAAGUGAUCCAGUGUUCGGCAUUUUUACGCGAAUAUUUACGUUUAUGACCCGGUUGUUGGUCGGUCGGUCGGUCGGUCCGCACUCUCCCGCUCUCGUGACAUUCACGCUCUUGCUCUCUGUUUUGAACCCGUGUUCGUCGGGUUCGGCUGUGUUCGCGAUUUUCUCGUGCAGUGAUCGGGUCGCGAUUCGCGACCACGAAUCCACGCUCGGACCGUCGCCGGAUCGGCGGGUACCUUGUGCACAACAAGCUCCAUCCGCGUUCGUUAGUUAGUUACCGUCUCUCGUCGAAGUCGAAGUGAGCGUUCGCUGUGUUCCGUGUGGUGUGACGACGACGGCGUGUCGAUUUUCGUCCGUUUCCCCCGCCCCGCCCGUGUACACAUAUACACACGUUUUCCGGAUUUUCUGCUGUUGUUAUUGCUACAUCAUCAUUACUGUUAUUAUUGCUGGUGCCUCGCGCGGUUGCUGUUGUUAUUAUUGUUUUGGUUGUUUUUUUCGCGCUUUCGCCUGUUGUUUCUUCGGGCUGGCUUCUGCUUACUUGCCGACUGGUGCAGUGAGGAAGAGGCAAGAAGCGCAGCCUGCUCCUGCUGCAAGCAAGGUGGUUCGAUUCACCGGCAGUAGCGUGCCUUGUUGGCUGGCUGUGUGUGAUCGUGAUCGCCGUGAUCAAGUGCGGGCGCGCGCGAUCUAGUUCGAUAGAGUAGAAGCGCAAGAGUGUGAAUUAUUGGCCCCGAAAAUAGAAGAAAAAAAUUGGCAAAACAGCCGCUUCGGUAGUGGUGGAGCAGUUCGAUUCGAUGUGAUAGCGCAGCGACUGCCGAAUUCCUUCAGCCGACGAAAAACGCACACGCACGCUCGCUCGCCGGUGUGUGGUGUGCAGAAGAGCGCACGGUUUGUGUGGGUAGCGCAGCGCGGUGUGUGGAUUUUAGGCAAUUGUGCGAGACGCGUUUUUUUUUGUGCGCGAAUUAUCGCGACCAAGUAAUACGCCCGCCCGUCGAUCCGGUGGGUAGUGGUGGCGGCUUGAAUCGAAAUAUGCCACGACGGGCGUAUUGUGGUAGUGCCACGAAGUAUGUGCGUGAUAAGUGAGAACGGAAUUUUCGGAACAACCGAAGAAGAACAACAUGAAUAGGCUGCUGCAAAGGAAGGAGCAAGAAGCAGCAGUUUUUUGAAUAGAUAGAGGAAGCGUUGGUGAGGGGCGUUGCGAUCAAAUCGCGAAGAAAACCGUGAGGAAGGAUUUUCAAUAGUCCGACGGCGACGGACCCGAGCGAGAGCAGAUUGUGUGCGAUUGUGGCUACAGAAACAAAAAAUAAAAACACAAACAACGGCCGCGCCACAGUCACUAGUGCCAGUCUGUGUGUGUAUGUUGUGUUGUCCAAUAAAUUUAAUUAAAGUAAACACAUCACGAGCAGCAACACCAGCAGUAGCAGGGUCUGAGACUUAGCAUCUAGCAGCUGCUCGCCACACAGGAGCAAGUAGGAAGUGCGCAGCAAGCAGCCAAACCAAAACUCCGAAAAAAAAAGUGAUCCAAGAAGUAAAAAUUCCAAUCCGGAGGAGCAGAAGUGCUGUUGUUUUGCGCAGAAAGGAAAAAAAAGUGAAAGGAAGCAACAGUAAGGCAACGACGGAAUGCAACCGGCAGCAACAGCCGCAACAACAACAACAACAACAACGGCACAGGAGAAAAGUUGAAAACAAUCGUUUCAGUUUCAAGUUUCCUUCCAAGGGGCUCCUAGAGAUCGCUCGUUCGUGUAAGAAGCUGGUUAUAGAGCGCAGCUUGUUGCAUCCGACGACAGGGCUGUAUGUGCGCAGUCAGUGUAUGUGUGUUUCGGUGGGAAAAUUUCUUUCGAGGAGGAGAGUUUUUCAGCAAUUCGUGAGAGUGUUGAAAAACGCACUUGUUUCUUUCUGCCACUGACUGACUGACUGGCUGAGGAACUGAGGUUUGAAGAGUAGGGCCCCCAGAAAGCAGUCGAAAAAAAAAAUAAAAACAACCUAAAGACACCGAUCCUCGGUGCCGCAUUCCGGCGGCAGUAAUUGUGCGUCUUUAAUGUUGCGGGCGCUUCUUUAGUAGUGCUUUACCGCAGGUGGUGAUUUCUUUUAGUGAAUCGUUCCAACAACCACAAUAAAAAAAAGAAAAAAAAAACGAGAAAAAAGUGCGUCGUAGUGCGUUGCGUUCAAAGUAGUAGCCUGCCGUUGCUGUAUUGCGUAAGCGUAAGCGAAGAAAAACUGCCGGGCCCGGCCGAAAGUGAAAUCCAAUUUUAUUGCCCCCAGGAAGAGGCAAUCGAGAGAAUCAAAAAGAAGAAGAAAACAAGUUCAACGAAGCAAACCAAACCAAGGACCGAGUGUCCCUGUCCUGUCCAUUGCAUUGCAUUGCCGCCCGAAUAGUUGUGGAGCCGCCCGAAAUAUUGGCCUCCUUCGAAACGCGGUGGUGGUGCUGGGUGUGUGCGUGCGUACGUGUGAGUGUUUAGGUUUGUAACCGAUAGUGAACGGCUAAAGGCUCAGAAGUGUAGAAAGCCGCCGCUGCCCCCCGAAAGUGAGUGCGGUUACGUGUUCCAUGUUAAUAAAUUGGAAAUUGAUUAGUGGUGGCAGAAGCCGCCGCCAUCCAGUAGCAGCAAACCUAUUCAGGUGGCAAUACUAAAGUGAUCCUAAUCGUUGCACCGAGCCGCCGAGUUGUAAAACUGAAGGCUUGUGAGAGGAGUGUAGUGCAUGGUUCAACCAACAACGGCAACGAUUACGACAAAUCCAAAGAUAGCUGAGCAGUAAAAUUCUACAGCGCCGUCCAGGGACCUGGUGCUGAGCGUGUCUGUGUGUGUGCUGUUAUUGAACUUCGAAGGAGCGCAGGGUCUCGUCCGUGAGGCUGGACUUUUUUGAUCACUUCAUUUUGGAAUUACACCAUCAAAACGUCUCCGGAAAAACCGCCGCUUCGGUCACCUUCAACCAGUUCUCAUGGGCCACCGUGGCGGAAAAUUGCCGCCGCGAUGUCCACACUUACCAGUAACGCAAACAACAACAAUAACAACAACCUUAUUGCCAACAACGCAUCCUCAGCUCAGCUCAGCAACGUCAACAACAACAACAGCCCGAACACCAUCAACAACAACAACACCAACAGCCCGGCAGGUGCACCGACAGCGACACAAAACUCCCAUCACCACAGCCACCACCACCAGUACCAGAGCGCCCUGGCAUCCGGAGUCAGCCGACUCUUCGCUCGCAGUAUGUCCUCUGCUUCGGCCAACGGUGGCGCAGGUGGCGUCGGUGCCGCCGGGUCCACUUCGGGUGGCCCGUCGGCUGUAGCAGCUGGCGGUACGGGCGGCGGUUUGGGUGCGGCCGCCACUCCGGCCAUUGCAAUUCCCGCCGAGCUGAACGUGAUGCUCCACGGGUACCACAAGAAGCUGAAAACGAACAAGAAGAAGUACUUUGUAGUGUAUGGGGACACGCCGGACAAGAGCGCCCGGCUGGAGUACUUUGACAGUGAGAAGAAGUUCAAGCAGUCUUGGCUGAAGAGCACCUCGGUGCAGGCCAAGCGAAGCAUAGUGUUGCGCAGCUGUUUCAACAUCAACAAGCGGCACGAUAUCAAGAAGCACGUGAUCGCGCUGUACACGAAGGACGAUUGUUUUUGCAUAGUGUUCGACAGCGAGGAGGAGCUGAACCGGUGGCUGCGGACGCUGCUGUCGUUGCAGCGCGGAGAGGAAUCGGAGGGCGAGCCGCCAAGACCUACAUUCGAGCACGUUUGGGAUGUGUUUGUCGAACGCAAAGGACUGGGCGAUAGCUGCGGAAUCCUCGGCACCUACCGGCUGUGCAUCACGGACAAAACGCUUUCGCUGGUGCGGAUAGGACCGCCGACGACCAACUCCGGCGAUGCCCGGGUCGAGGUGGUCGAGUUUUCACUGGCGUCGAUUAGGAGAUGCGGUGCCUCCCAGCGCUACUUCUACCUGGAGGUGGGCCGGAGUUCGAAAAUCGGCCCCGGCGAGAUAUGGAUGGAAGCACCGGACGCUAUCAUUGCCCACAACAUGCACACCACCAUUAUGAAACCUACCAAAAACAGAGAGGUGGACGGUCUCGGUCCAAUCCCUCGGAAUCGUUCCUCGUCGGCCAACGCGGCCUCCAAGCCGACGGCGAUGCUGGGCCGCCGUCAGACCUACACCGGCCAGAAGCCGGUCAACUGUUCGCCCUCUGGUGAAGAUCAAAGAUCCCCACAUGCAUCCCAUGCACAGAGUUCCGAGUCCUCCUCGUCGGCCACUAGCACUAAUACAGUAGUCAUGGUCCCACAAAACCCCGCCAAUUCCAGUCAAAAUUUGAAAUCGACUCAAAAUCACCACCCGAAUUCGGACAAGCCAUGCACGUCUAUUAGCUCUGUCCCUGCCGCCGUCGCCGUCGGCAGUAGUGGUGUUGUGGCGGGUUUCCCGGCUGCCGGUAGUAGCCAGCCGUCGUCCAAUAGCUGUGGUCACCCGGCGGGCGUCCUCACCGGUUCCCAUCCCCAUCCUCACCAUCCAUCCCCGACCCCAUCCUACAGUCGCAGUGCCAUCAAGAAACCCAAGCUGGCACCUCCCCCGGAAGAGGAAGGCAGUGCCUCGUCCUUCCGGUCCUACACCUCCAUCGCCCGGGAACCGACGGCGCCCGGUGGGACCUCUAGCACUGCAACGCCACCAUUGAUGAUGAUGAUGAUGCAACAUCACACUGGGCCUUCCCCUGCUGGUGGUGCCAACAACGUCACCAGCAGCACCGCCACCAGUGUAGUAGUGGGUACUAACGGCAGCAGCGGCGCGAUCGCGACCACCAUCUCCACCACCUCGCUGGCAUCCACCAGCGAGUCUCCGUCGCCGAGUGACCAUGUUACAUCCGCAGUGAUAUUCCAUCAGAGAGCUUUAUCAUUACCAAGCGCCACCCCCAUGCUAAGCCAUUCCCCCCAUAAUAGCACAGCCGCCCACAUGGCAAAGCAAAAGUCCUCCCAGAGCAUUCUAGGCAGUAGUAGCAAUGUUAGUAGCAAUCCUAGUUUUAACGGUCCCCCGUCCGGCGCAGGAGGAGGUUUCUUCGGCAAGAAUGCCACCGGCGGAAUUGUGGUCGAUCGUUCGAUUCAACCGGUCCACCACCGGACCCGGUCUCUACCGUUAACGGAGGAAAGUGCAAUACGUGUGUCACACAAUGGAACCCUUCUGCCACCCGGUCCCGGACCACAAGCACAGCAUAAUCAGCUAUCGAGCAUCGGUAAUCGCAAGCAUCAGCAAUCAUCCAGUUUAUCGAUUGCUUCGCUCAAAUGCACCUGUCCAUCCAGUGGAGCGGUACCGAUCAUUGUCGUCGGCAACAGCAUCAGCAGAACAAGUCAUUAUAAUGUAUGUCCCCUGCACGGCAGCCACACUGGCCAUGCCUCAUCGCCGUCAUCCGCCGCCGCUGGGUCCACUCAACAGGACUAUGAAAAUAUGAAUAAAUCAUGCUCGUACCUGCCGUCAAUGUCUCCUCCGGAUCAGCAGCAGCAUUAUUACAACAAUCACUCGUUCGAGGGCACCGCUGCUGAUAGCAAUCAUUCCGCAAUCGCGACAACCUUAUCCCGCAGCUCGAUGGAGAGCAUAAUCGAAGAUCAAAAGUACCUCCCGAUGGACAUGAAAAAGCCAAACAACCCAUCAACAGCUGCCGGUGCCGGUUCCCAAGAGGACAAGGAACCGGCCCCUAAUCUCCAGUUCAUCAGUCGGCUACUGCGGAGUUCGCAAAUACAAACGGCCAACAACAGCAAACUGGCCGCGCUGAAAGUGGCCACUGCCUCCGGAGGCAACGGUGGCACCAGCAGUAGUAGUAGUGGUAGUACUAGCACUAGUAGCAAUUUGCACGGUAGCACUGCGGGAACCGGAAACGGUACCGCCAUCCACGUGUACUGUAGUAGCACUGCUGCCAGUGGAGGAGGCUCACUGCCGAAAGGGGCCGCUUCGCCACCAGGGUCGCUGAGGCGCCGUAGCGGUCGUAACAGUACCAAAUCCAGGCGGAGCGCAGCCAUUGCCCGUGAGCGUUGCGACAGUCUUCCAUCACGAAACCGAACAACCAGUGAAACCAGUACCCACCAGCAGCAGCUGAUCAUGAACAGCGGAGGAAUGCCUCCGCCGAGGACGAUCCCGUCGGCUAGCUUUAACCGGCCGCAAUCGAUGAUCGUUAACCGCCAGAGCCACAGCCAUAGUCCUCCGGUGCAUUCGUCGCCGCUGAGCCCUCCGUCCGGUGCAUGCUCAACCGGAAGCGAUGGGUCCUCGUUCAGCAUCGACGAACCGGACAGCUACAACAGUUCGCACACACCGGAUGAGGGCAAUGGCUUUCCCAAGGUCAUUAAUCAUCUCAGCUCAGGUUGUUCCAUUCCAGAGGAAAAUUCCGAAGAGUACAUCAACAACUACGGAAAAGUUCCUCUCAGGCCCCAGCAUCGUUCCAUGGAUGAAUUCGUUAGCCACUUAAGGCACAGUUAUAAUUCACUAUCGCUUCCAACAUCGCAGGCGAUCAGAAGGGGCAGCCCGGCACCACCGGCAAACAUUGUCGACAACAGCAGCAGCAGCAACUACAUGGAGAUGUGCAGUCCGUGCGGUAGCUCGCCGGGUGACCCGUCCGGCAACAGUGGCUACAUCCCGAUGUCGCCGAGUACCGACUUUCCCAGAGGCUUGUACAGUUCCAGUGCACACUCGCGUACCUCCAGUCUGGCGGAGGAUACCGUCGACGCAUAUGUUCCUAUGGCGGCACCAGGCCACAACACGGAAGAGUACGUGGACAUGGACCCGUCGCACAACAGCAGUAGCAACCGCACGCUGGCAGCGGCAACGACGGCCAGCCAGGCUGCUACAACCGCCGGCGGCAACGGUAACAUCAGUUCGGCAGCUUCGAGCUGUAGCAUUACGUCCGGUACCCCUUCGACGGAUAUGCGAUUCUCCGGGUACCACCUGGACAAGGUUGAGGCCCGGUUUACACCGAGCGAAGACGAUGAGAUGGAGCGGCCGUUGCGAACGUACUCGGUGGGUAGUCGACUGGAGCAUAACAAGAGGAAGCUGCGUGUGGAUAUGCUUAGCUCGGAGGGUUCUUCGAAUUCGCGAGUGCGAGCUUUCUCUGUUGGGUCAAGGGCAAAGGUUCCACGUUCGGAUGUGUAUAAGGGAAGCGGUGCACCGAUUACUGCGCCACUUCUAUCGGCGGGUAGUUCUGGAAGCUUGCAGGAAACUAGCAGCAACAGCGGAAGCAUCACCAAUUGCGCUCCAUUGGCCAGCACAAACGCCAGGGGUUCGAACUCCAGCAUGAACGAAGGCAGAACGGGCAAGAAGUCAUCCAGUGCUCCAACAUUGGCUGCAAAGCCGCACGGAUCGUUCGAUCCUAUAAUGGAUGAUCUAAUGGAGAUUGAUUACAGUGCUCCACAGUUCCAUGGGGAACCAACCGCUAGCAGUAGUACGCCUCAGAAAACUUCCGGCAUGGAGGACUACAUGGAAAUGACGGCCGGGGGAGGGAAUAAGAGAAAUACCGGUUACGUUGAGAUGAAGCCGGGACAUAUUCCGCCGGUGAAUACGAGUUCACAUGAGAACAGCGACUAUUUGGAUAUGCGGCCAGGAACCGGGUACGAACCGAACCCGUCGACGAAAAGCAAAAGCUCUCCGAUUAAGAUUAAUUCACCGAAGAAAUUUAGCGGUGGUGGGAAUAAUAACAACAACUACCUGGAAAUGUCCCCGCGAAUGAUGGGGACAUCAUCUUCGUCUUCCUCAUCGAUGACCAACAGGAAACCUACUGCACCUUCGGAAGAUUACCUGAACAUAAGUCCGCUGAUGAUGACCAGUGCGGGCGGCGACAGUGGAAACGAAGAGAAAAUGAUCAACGAAGAGGAAGAGGAUGAGGAGGAAGUGGUAGCACCGAGUAGUGCACCGGAUGUGUACAUGGAAAUGACAUGGAGCCAGCCCAAGACUAGUCUGGACAGUUCGAAACCAGUUUCCGAUGAUUAUAUCAAUAUGGAUUAUAGUCGUAAAGACGUAAGCGGAAGUUCGAGUGCACUGGACUCCCGUCUGAGUUCGAUGCCAAUAGCGAUUCAGUCGGGAAGUGCUGGACGAACAUUACAAGGGGACCUGAUGGAACCAAAGAUAGGCGGCGCUCCGUCUAAUAUUCCAAAUUACCUUCCGCUUAAUUCUUCGACGACCCGGCACCAGGGCGCGGCACAAAUAGGCUUCAGUCCAAAGCAAAACAGUUUGCGAUCACGGUGCGAUUCGAGGGAUAGCGGAAUUGUGACACCUUCCGGAAGUCAAGUAACGAUUUUUCCGUUCAGUCCGGGAAGCCCCAUCAAGUCCUUUUCCUUGGGUGUGGAAAAUCCAAGUGCGGAGGAGAGGAAAUGUUUCGUGGAUGCAACUACUGGUACCUUGCGGAUCAGCGAAACCGAUGAGGAUAACAGUGAAGAGUCGAAUGAGUUCCUAGCAGAUCAACCGCAGUCAUCACAACCUAAAGAUGCCGCGGAGAGCAGUAAGCUGGAGGAUCUAAGUCAUAACUAUGCCGAGUUGAGUAUAGGUCAGCAGCAACAACAGCAACAGACUCAGCAAAAGACUGAGAAAAGUCAUCCAAGUUCCUUCAGCAGUACCAAAAAAGCAAAUCUAAGUCUAAUUCUCACAACAUCGACUAAUACUAGAACAACGCCAACAAUAACUGCAAUGAAAUCUGCCGUGGAAUAUCCGGAUUACGUCAACUGCACGCCGGUAACGACUCCCGUGGUAACCAAACCGACCACUCCUAUGGCAGUGGAUGACCAGGCCGGGGAUUACGCUAUAAUGAAUCCAGCUAGUCUGAGGAAGCUUUCCAGCACCUCCCAGUCGGAACUGUCCUCGACUGAAAGUGGACUUCCUCCGUUGACCAAAAAGUCCAAUCAGAUUUUCAAGCCGAUAACAUCGAGUCAGGAUGAAGCAUUUCUGAAGAAACCCAGUGGCGCAUCGCCCAAACCGGCAUUCAACCGACAAUACUCGGAACGUCGAGUCCCUGGUCCAUCUGGAAUCGAUUCCUCAGGCUAUGAGAUGUUGCAGCGUACCUCCCGCCCGAACAGCGUAAACAGCGAAAAAAUCACCAACAAAUGUCCUCCAUCUGCCGGAUCCACGCGUCCCAGUUCGGCCAACAGCGACAGGCUUCCCAUCAUAUCAGCUACCUCAUCGUCCGCUUCCUCAACAUCCACAUUGUGCGAGAGCAAGAACCAAAGCCCCACGGCGUCCAGUGUGAUGAUUGCAACAACCACAACGACUACGGUGACUCCGGGCGUUCGACCGGAUUCCGUUACCUCGCUUACCGAUCCGCACAUCAUCUCGAGACCACCGUCGGUCAGCUCGGAACGAGAGCUGCACUACGCUAGUCUUGAUCUUCCACCUUGCACAAACCCUCCACCACAAUCUGCGCCAGUAGCCGGGACAUCAGCUGUUCCACCCAACAGCACCAACCGCAUGGAGGUCGAUUCCGAUGGUGCGACCGCGGCCAAUCGCCCCGGUGGACCCGACUCGCUGAACUCCAGUCCUAGUCCCAAUUCCGGAUGUACCUCGCAACAACAGACUGGUUCUGCCUUCACGUAUGCUCAAAUAGACUUUGUCCGGUCGGUUGCCCAGGCCCAGGCCCAGCAACAGUCAGUAACAAAAAGCGGCCAACAGCAACAGUAAGAGGAGAGCAAACAAAAAAACCCACAUUCUUACAUAAACACACACACUGAAAAAGAAAAAGAAACUGCCAAUCUGAAACAACAGAAACGCCCCUCCUUUCAAUCGUAAGUACUAUAUAGGUAGCGGUUAGGCUGCGUCGGGAGAUGUAAAUAUACAGCAAAGCAGGCGUAAGCUAAGCACACUACUCCUCAAUGGGAUGUUUCGGAAUUUCACUUCGAGAGGAAACUUGGGGGCUUGGCCGCCCAAAUGAAACCUGAGGAUGUUCCAAAUGUAGGUACGUUUGUGGCGACUGUUACUCAGAGGUGGCACUGAUAAAAAUUUGGAUAGAAAACGCCAAUCCAAAAUCAAUUUCAAACCAAGUACUUCCAUCGGAAAGUUUAGCCUCUAAGUUUCCGGACGAACAGAAGUUGCGAGACACCCUACUCCUCAUGUGUGGACCUUUGCAGUACUCAAACUGCAACAGCUCGGAACAGGACAGUUCUUUGUUACCGUUUAUUUUUGUACCACGAUAUCUUGAAACACAUACACACACACAUUGAGAGGGCACCGAAAAGGAGCGAGGCGGAGGCAGUAGGCGGUGGCAGUGUGUGAUCGAACCCAAGCAGAAAAGUUAGUAAAGCAGAGUGCCGCACUAGUAAUACCUAAGCAAGCAUGUCGAACGUUAUUUUUAGUAAGUGUUUAAGGAAUCACCGCCCAUCCCCGGCGCGGCGAUGGGCAGAAGAUGGAAAAUGAAACAAAAAUAUUCCAAAAAUAGUUUAAUUGCAGAUAAAAAAAAGAACAACAAAACCCCAAUAGAGUUACACACAAAUAAAAACAGAGAAGAAAACAGAAGACAGGGACAGGAGCAAACAGACACACACACAUACAACAGUUGAAACACAUUGAGAUAUAAGAUGAAAUUUCAAAUGCCAAAAUAAGCUUUACUUGAUUUUCUUGUUUUUUGUUUACUUUCAUCAAAGGAUAGAAGAAAAUUACACGAUUAUAUGAAUAUAUUAAGGAACAGAAACACACACAUAAAGUUAAAGAAAAACUCUAGCUUGUAAGUAAAUUAAUUGAGGGUAAUGUGUAAGUUUAGACUAAUGUAGUAACGGGAGGAAUGAGAAACUAUAGAAAACUUUAUUUUUUAUUAAGAAAAAAUCAACUUUUUAGACGAUAAGCAGGAUAGAUUUAGUCGAAAAAAGUAUAACUUAUACAAGUUUAAGUUUCUGAUGUUUUUUUCUUCUGUUAUCGGGACGAAUAUGGGGGGUCAUAGAGAAGGGGGGGGCUACAAAUUCGACUUGAAACUAUUACAAACCAAUCGUUCAUGUUCUUGGCUACGAAAGUAACUCCGUUGACUUCUAACCACUCCAGGGUAGCAUUUGAAUAGUGGCACGAGGCAAGAUCCGGUCAGAAGAUCGUUAGGGUCCUCAUGUUGCUUCGCCAGAGAAAAUAGACGCUCCUGUAUAUACACAUUGAGAUAGAUCUCCAUUUAAGUCCCGGUAGACACGAACGGUGCACUCCGUUUGUUACAUGAGCAGAUCGCUUACGAAAUCCAGCGAUUUCUUAGCAGAAUUGGAAAGUUUUUGACAAGUUCUGCUAGCUUACCUACAUCAAUCUUGUGAUAGAUGGCGAAGAACAGUUGUCGCGGAAGCUGCCAGAAGCCCGCCUUGACGUUAGUCUCAUCAUCCCGUGUUGACGCCAUUUUUUUUUUUAAUUUUCGAAGAACUGACAUUGAUCGCUAUCGUUGCAGCUAAUAUGAUAUUUUGGGGUUUUAUCCAAAAUCCAAGCUUUUUAUAGACUAACCUACACUAGUUAUUUUGUAGGGGGUUGUUGGGCAAGAUGGCCACCCUAAGCUUAGGCGCCUUGGAAGCAUACACUUUCAUUAGAAUAUGGUAAUUUAACACCCAUUCCCUUUGUUUCAUGUCUCUUCUAUCUUCUUAACACAAAAAAACAUUUUAUUUUGCACUACGAAUGUAAAAUUAAUUCAUUUGAAAAAUGCUACUUUCGACAUAGAAUUUUUGCCAUAUGGGGCAAGAUGGCCACAGAGCUAAAAUUUUACAAUUAGUGUGCUUCAAUCCCUAAGCAACGUUCAAUAAACCAAGGUCGAAUCAUCCACAACGCUUUGCCUACAGAUGGUGUGGUACAUAUUUGCCAACAUUGUCUUUAUGAUAAUGUUUGAAAUAAAACUGAGGAAUUUCUUUGAAAAUACUACUACUACUACUACUUUCUAAAAUAUCAUCCUGACAAGUUUUCUCGAAAUCAUUUCAGGGCGACAAGUUUCUCGAAAUCAUUUCAGGGGCUCCUACUAGAUUUUUUCAUUGAUUUUUCCCGGGAUUUCAUCCGGAAUUCCUCUCGAGAUUCUUUCAGGGAUUCUUCCCGGUAUUUCCCUUACGAUUCCUUCAGAAAUUCUCUCAUUAAGGAACUCCUCGUGAAUUCUUCCCGGCACACGUCCAGGAUUAUUUCAAGAUUCCUCCCUAGCCUUCUUUAGGACUUACUUCCGGGAUUCCUUGAUUGAUUGUCCUCGGAUUUUCCUUUAGGAAUUUCUCUUGAGGUUCCUUCAGAGAUUUCUCCCGAGAAUAAUUCAGAAAAUCUUCCCGAGAUUGUUUUGGAGAUCUUUUCUGGGAUGAUUUCAGAGCUUUCUCUCGGAACUCCUAGAGCGAUUUCUCCCGGGCAUGCUUCAGGGAUUCCUACAAUUUUCUUUCGUGGUUCCUUUUGGGAUUCCUCCGGGAUUUCUCCAGCGAUGCUGUAGGAAUUCCCUACGGGAUUCCUACUAUGACUCCUUCUUGAAUUUCUCUUGGGAUUCCUCCCGAGAUUCUUUCAAAGAUUUCUCCAGAAUUUCUUCUGGGAUUCGUUCAAGAUGAAACAUCAAGAAAUCCCACUGCAAGUUUUCAUACAAACUUUAGAGGCACAAAUCUGACGUACAAAGCAUCGAACCAAGCCGCACUUGUUUUUCCUGGCUCUGCUCACUUGCAAAAAGAGGCAGCUUUUACAAAUCGAGAGCAUUUGUUUGCGAAUUUUCAAGAUUAGUGCUCUUGCGAACGUGAGUAGGGGACCAAGUCGGCCAUUGUGGCAGCCAUGUUUGUAUUUUCUGAAGAUUCUCCUUAAGGAUUAAUCCAAAUUUUUUUUUUCAGGAAUUUCUCUUCGAAUUUUUUGAGGAAUUUCUUCCUGUUUUCCUCCUAGGUUUUCUAUUUCUGCCGGGAUUUUUCCCACGACUGGAUUCCUCCAGAUAGCUUUUUUAGUAUUUCUGCAAGAAUUGCUCCAAUUUGGGGGGGGGGGGGGGGGGUUGGUUUUGAUGGAAGUCUGUUAUACAUAUUGCAAUGGACCUUGUAAGGGGAAUUGAUAAAAAGAAAUGCAACAUUUUUCACAAAUUCAAUUUUAGAUAGUUGCCAUUUUGGAAAUCACCUUCAUUGAAGUUGUUGCUCUUUUGCUAUUGCUGUCUUGUGCUAUGGUAUUCUACAGGAAGCAACAGAGUAGCAAAAGUGUGCUCCCCAUAACCAACAACUCCUUGUUCAAAUAAUUAUUCAUUGGCCAUCAGAUCGUCCCGAUACGGAAGGAAAAAAUCGGAACACAAUGGUAAAAAAGAAAAAUAUCUAUACAGUAGAUCUAAGUGAAGUAAAAGAUAAGGUCGAAACCUCUAAAACUAUUCAUAUUCAUAUAUACAAAAAAAAUAAAAGAAAAACAACAUCCAAACAGCAACAUUCACACAAACAUAAACAUGCACACAUUCACCUAACCAACAGUUUCAAUCAGAGUGAAGAGAACGUUACUCUUUUUCUAAGUAAACUUCAAAAUGCAGUACCAAAAAAAGGAUUGCGUUGAUCAGGAUCCAAUUCUUAGGGAUACGUUCAAGUAUUGUAGAAAUUUAAAAAACGAUCCUAUCGCAGCAAAAUCUCCUCGCAUUCGACGGAAACCAGAAUUCUGUUUUUAAAGUACUGCAAAUUGUAAACACAUUCUUCAAUGUCGUGAAGUCACUCGACAAACAAAAAAACACGAAACAAAUCAUAGUCAAAAUAUACAACUGUAACUGAUGUUUUGUUUACGAGACUUACAAUGCUGAGUUUUCAGAGGAUGCAUGCCGCACUAAAGCAUAAGGACAACAACUGACAACGAUUACCAAUACAUACGAUGACGAUUACACAUGAAGACACAAAUGAAAUCGAACCUUCGUUACUCAAUUGAAUCCUUGGUAGUUUUUUUUUGUCACCGAAAGUAACAUAAAAUCCAGCUUUGUAUCUUUUUCCCGGAGUACGUCAAAAAGAUAUUUAAGCCAGUUUGAAUCAGUCUCUAGCUUAGUUAACUUCUUUUAGUGUUUAGGACAUUUAAAGCUCUUGUGUUGGUGUUCAUUGUUUGCAUUGCCUUUAUUUGGUUUUUUGUUAUUUUUUCUUAAUAAAAUUGUAUACGCACUUGUUUUUUCAAAAAAAUAUUUUUUUUACUUUGUUGUAAUGUUAUCAUCAGACGACUUUUAUCUAAGUUAGUUUUGCGUAUAAUUAUUUAAUUUUUAUUUUUUAUUUCUGAUUCCAAAAAAAUGUAUCGCAAUGAGUUUUUUUUUAGUUUUGCUUGGCACGAACACGUUCUAAUACAUCAGAUUUUAUUUUACUUUCUUCAGAAUUUACCGCGAGUGUCCUUUUUCAGUAAAUUCUGAAUUACAGGACGUUACUUGUUACUUCUUUUGCCAAUCAUAUGCCUAAUUUUGCUUACCAAAAGUCAAGCAACUGAAUUUAGUAGAGAAGCGAAGGUACCUCUUCAGCGAAUAAAUCAUUUCCAACGUACACGAGAGUUCCACACUAAAGACUAUCAUUUUAGAAACAACUUCCAUUUCGAACACAAAUCGAGCAAACACACUCACACACGCAAACGAACGCGAACGUAUUUUGACUCAGAUGGAGAACUACACAGAACGCAAUGGAACCUUUAGACUAAACGAUGAAUCAACAUCGCAAAAAAGAAGAAAACAGAAAAAAACAUCAUCAUUUCAUUCACAAAAUCAGAAGUAAAAAAAAACAAGUAAAAAUAAUAAGAAGAGAACAUGUUUGUAAGACACAGUAGGCUAAUUUUAGGCAAUUUUUUGGUACAUUUGGACAUAAGGAAAGGAAAAUAUAAGGAAGAUUUCCCAAGUAAAAAAAAUGGUAAAAAAAAACAACUUCAUAGAUCGUAUAUUUGUGUCAAUCAAAAUUGACUAUAAAAUUAGAAAUAAUGUCAACCGAAAUUACUGUAAGACAGCCAGUUCUGGUCCGUUGUAGGUCAGGUGAAACUAAACGCAUGUAUCGACUUGUUUUCUGUUCAGUUUUUCUUUUCGUUUUCGACGUUUUGGCAAACUUGAGUGAGUUAACUUCCUCAAAGUAACAAAAUGAAAAACAACAAAAAAAUAGAUAACUGAAUAUGUCUCAUUGAGGGUGCACCACGCUGGAAGCAUCGACUUCAAAAACAACAACAACAGCAAACAGCAGUACCAUAAGUGCACGUUUGUUUGGAAUGAAGAAUAUGAAUACUUGUGUUGAAAUCCCAAGGUAGGAAUGCUCUUAGAUGUAAAAGUGGUAUUUUUAAGUAUGCUGGACAAAACAACACACAGAGACGAAAACAAAAUGAAUACAGCAAACCUCUAUUCUACCCCGUUACAAUACCAAUAGUUGACAACAAGAGCGAGGAAAAAUACACUUAAACACUAAAAAACAAAAAUACAAGAGAAACGAUAACAAGAAGAGAAUUAAACCGGAAACACUGUGUUCAAUUUACGACUCUGAAUUCAUACAUUGAUAUUGAUCAGCUUUACUUUUAUUGUAACAGAUAAAAUAAAAGAAAAUGCAAAAUAUAUUACAAAAAA